CGCGAUCGCGUCAUAUGUGUGCGCCACGUCCACCUUCUGACGAUCAAUGUCAGCUGUGGCUGGCACACAUUUUCUUUGUAUCUUAAAUAAAAUAGUUAGCUAAACCUUUAAAAGAAGCACAAUGCAGCGAACUGCAUAUAGAGCUUUUCCUGCGUGGCCUCAUGUCAUCGGCUCAGCGACGGUGCGCCGGUGUUUAAAAUGCAGAGUCCCCCUGCAGCACAGCUCUCGAGCUCACAGUGUGGUACCGCCCCCACGCGACAGCGAGGAGAAGGAGAUGCUGCACCGGAUCCUGCGCGUGGACCAUGCGGGCGAAUAUGGAGCCAACCGCAUCUACGCCGGCCAGAUGGCGGUGUUGGGCCGGUCUAGGACUGGACCUCUCAUCCAGGAAAUGUGGGAUCAAGAAAAGAAACACCUCAAGAAAUUCAAUGAAAUUCUGGCGGAGAACAGAGUCCGGCCCACGGCGCUGUUACCACUCUGGAACGUUGCUGGGUUUGUAUUAGGGGCAUCCUCUGCACUGCUGGGAAAAGAGGGGGCCAUGGCCUGCACUGUGGCCGUGGAGGAGAGUAUCGCAGAGCACUACAACAGCCAGAUAAGAGCUCUGAUGGAGAGGGACCCAGAUCGAUACACUGAACUGUUACAAGUGAUAAAGGAAUUUAGAGAUGACGAGAUGGACCAUCAUGACACGGGACUGGAGCAUGAUGCAGAAUCAGUACCUGGCUACUGGCUACUAAAAAAUGCAAUACAGCUAGGCUGCAAAGCUGCGAUCUAUGUCUCUCAACGUGUCUAAGUAUCAACGUAAAAAAGUGAAGUUAUCACGAUAAUUGAACUAUUUUUUUUGUAAAUUUGACUUGUGUUCAAAUCCCGCUCCUUUGUAAAUCCAGCACCUUAUGAUGCCACAAAAUGUUGUACACAAACAUUUACUGUUGUUUGUCUAAAUUGACUUAAUUCUGGCUGCUUUUUCUAGUGUAUGUAAUAGAUGCACUCCGUUACAUAGGUGGUGGUGACCUUUGCAGAAAUAAAUGGCUGACAUCCAUA